AUGUUUUAUCCUGGAGCAACGCAAGCAUUUGUGUUUGACGAGCUCUUCAAGUUCGUUACAACUGCGCUCGACAGUGUAAACGGUUGGCCCCUCCCUGCGCCGCGCCCGCCGUCCCUCCGCCCGCGCGGGGACGGCCUCGGCGGGCGGGCGGCGGCCGCGGCCCCUCCCCGCGCCGCGCACGCCACCCCUCCCCCCGCGCGGCCCCGGCCUCGGCGGGCGGGCGGCGGCGCGGCUCCCCCCGCGCGGGGACGGCCUCGGCGGGCGGGCGGCGGCCGCGACCCCUCCCCGCGCCGCGCCCGCCGCCCCUCUCCCCGCGCGGCCCCGGCCUCGGCGGGCGGGCGGCGGCGCAGCUCCCCCCGCGCGGGGACGGCCUCGGCGGGCGGGCGGCGGCCGCGGCCCCUCCCCGCGCAGGGGGAGCUGCGCCGCCGCCCGCCCGCCGCCCCUCCCCCCGCGCGGCCCCGGGCCCUCCCCGCGCCGCGCCUGCCGCCCCCGCCGCCUCUCGACGGGCAAAGUUCAUAUUGA